CUCAGGUGCAAAUGUCAAAAUCAGACAGGUAGCGAACAGUGAAUCGUGCAGAAGUGUUGGAUUAAAAACAAAUUGGAACAAUAUGGACGUGAUUUAUGAAUUCGUCAAGAAAAUGUCGUCGUAAGCACUCGAAAGUGGGACGGUUUUACGCAAAAUCAGAGCGGUCCAUGGCCGGGUUUUGUGGAUCGGCAGGCCCAGAUGCUCGCCUACUUUUCACUUCAGUCACUCGCUGCCGUCAGCACCGCCCCCGUCUUCGGCAAUACCACCCCCAUAAUCCCGUACUUAAUCCCAGUACUUGAAUCAAACUUUUUCAUACACUAAUUUUUUACUACCUCUGCAAUAUUUAUACGUAUAGUUUUUAAAAUAUAUACUUUUUCGACGUUUCGACCUUUUUGUAGUAUUAAGGGAUAUUAAGUGGCCUUAAUUAUACCUGACUAUAAGAGAACAAUUUAUAUGUAUAGAAAUUAAGUGGCCUUAUGUUUGCAUUUAUGACCAUAUCAUUACAUCCUGUCCUUAUAUCCUGAUCCUUUGAGAAAAUGAUGAGCAGAGCGUCUUUUAGGAGCAGCAGGACACACACUUUAGAUAAUCAAAGGAGAAUCCACGCUAAUGAUAGACAGUUUAACUCCCAAUUUCGUUAUGCAAGCAACUACAUUAAGACUUCAAAGUAUUCGAUAUUGACGUUUCUGCCGUUGAACUUAUUCGAGCAGUUCCAGCGUCUGGCUAAUUUCUAUUUUUUGUGCCUUCUCGUGUUGCAGCUGAUACCUGCUAUCAGCAGUUUGACGCCCGUCACAACAGCUCUACCCCUCAUUGGGGUGUUGGGACUCACUGCCAUUAAAGAUGCUUACGAUGACAUCCAACGCCACAUUUCCGAUCGCCAAGUCAACAACCGAAAAUCUCAGUUGGUACGUCGUGGCAAACUCGUCCAAGAACGUUGGUCGGCAGUGCAAGUCGGUGAUAUCAUUCGCAUGGACAAUAAUCAGUUUGUCGCUGCCGAUGUUCUCUUGUUAACCACAAGUGAACCUAACGGUUUGUGUUACAUCGAAACAUCUGAAUUGGACGGUGAGACGAACUUAAAAUGUCGACAGUGUCUGAUGGAAACAGCCGCAAUGGGUCAAGACGACGUCUUAUUGGGCGAAUUCGACGGCGAGAUCGUCUGCGAAACGCCUAAUAAUCUCUUGAAUAAGUUCGAAGGUGCUCUCACGUGGAAAAACAAAACAUAUUCUUUAGAUAACGAUAAGAUCAUACUGCGAGGAUGCGUCCUGAGGAACACUCAGUGGUGUUACGGCGUUGUUAUUUUUGCCGGAAAAGAUACGAAAUUGAUGCAAAACAGCGGGAAAAGCAAGUUUAAACGCACUAGUAUAGACAGACUUCUUAACUUUUUAAUUAUAGGGAUAGUAUUUUUUUUAUUGUCCAUGUGCCUUUUCUGUAUGGUGGCAUGUGGUAUAUGGGAGUCCUUGGUCGGACAAUAUUUCAAAGACUUCCUGCCGUGGGACACGUUAGUGCCUUCGGAGCCGUUAGGUGGCGCCACCAUCAUAGCACUUUUGGUGUUUUUCUCAUACGCUAUCGUACUAAAUACAGUGGUACCAAUUUCACUAUACGUUUCAGUCGAAGUGAUUCGAUUCGUUCAGAGUUUCCUAAUAAAUUGGGACGAUCAAAUGUACUACGAGAAAACGGCCGCGAAAGCACGUACUACCACAUUGAACGAAGAAUUGGGCCAAAUCGAGUAUAUUUUUUCGGACAAAACCGGUACUUUAACACAAAACAUCAUGACGUUUAAUAAGUGUUCAAUCGUCGGUAAAUCCUACGGUGACGUUAUUGAUACUCGAACCGGUGAGGUUAUUGAAAUAACCGAUGAAACCGAAUCUUUGGAUUUCUCCUUCAAUCCGAAUUAUGAGCCAGAGUUUCGAUUCUUCGAUAAGAAUUUAUUAGAUGCGGUGAGACGUCGCGAUUCAGACGUUUUUAAUUUUUUUCGUCUUUUGGCUCUGUGUCAUACGGUGAUGUCGGAGGAUAAAGACGGGAAAUUAGAGUAUCAAGCACAAUCACCGGACGAGGCGGCGCUAGUGUCGGCGGCUAGAAAUUUCGGAUUCGUUUUUAAAGAACGCUCACCGAAUAGUAUUACGAUCGAAGUGAUGGGACAAAAGGAAGUGUAUGAAUUAUUGUGCAUUUUGGAUUUUAAUAACGUGAGAAAACGAAUGUCUGUGAUCUUGAGGAGGGAUGGGGUGUUGAGGUUGUAUUGCAAAGGGGCGGAUAAUGUCAUCUAUGAAAGGUUACAAGAGGGGAGCGAUGAGGUCAAGCAGAGGACGCAAGAGCAUUUAAAUAAAUUCGCCGGGGAAGGCCUCCGCACUUUAUGCCUAGCCUCGCGAGAUUUAGACGAGGAAUUUUUCAACAAUUGGAAGCAACGUCACCAAGAAGCCGCCAUUUCGAUGGACGGUCGAGACGAGCGUCUCGACGCCAUUUACGAAGAGAUCGAGCGCGAUAUGGUCCUAAUCGGAGUGACAGCCAUCGAAGAUAAACUCCAAGAUGGCGUCCCGCAAACAAUUGCCAACCUAAUUUUGGCCGGUAUUAAAAUCUGGGUCCUAACCGGCGACAAACAAGAAACUGCGAUUAAUAUCGGAUAUUCGUGUCAACUGUUGACUGAUGACUUGGUCGAUGUUUUUAUCGUUGAUGCGUCGACGUAUGAGGAAGUCAAUCAGCAGUUACUUAAAUUUAAAGAAAACAUUAAAAUUGUGAAUACAUUCCAGCCGCAAAGUCCGGCCGAUAUUCAAAUAGGUACGACGAACGGCCGAAUGGACACCACCGAACAUUCGACGGGCACAUCGACACCACCUCAACAACAAACGGUGGCACCUGCCGUCAGUGUCGUCACAUUCAGGUGGGAUGAUGACAUUGAAAGAUGUGAGAAUACGAGAGCAAGUACCGAAUUGGAGUAUCAUCGAGGCUCCCUCGAAGCCGCCGCGGUUGAAGAAACCUCAGCCGGCUUUGCCAUAAUAAUCAACGGCCAUUCAUUGGUUCAUUGUCUUCAUCCUCAACUUGAACGUCUGUUUUUGGAUGUGGUCAUGCAGUGCAAAUCUGUAAUUUGUUGUCGUGUCACUCCUUUACAGAAAGCUUUGGUCGUUGAAUUGAUCAAAAAGAAUCGUCAUGCCGUCACUUUGGCCAUAGGUGAUGGUGCGAAUGACGUUUCUAUGAUCAGAGCUGCCCAUAUUGGGGUUGGAAUUUCCGGUCAAGAGGGAAUGCAAGCCGUUUUAGCAUCGGAUUAUUCGAUAGCACAGUUUCGAUUUCUCGAACGACUACUUCUAGUACAUGGAAGAUGGUCGUAUUAUCGGAUGUGCAGCUUUCUUCGUUAUUUCUUCAAUAAGAAUUUUGCUUUCACUUUGUGCCACUUUUGGUAUGCAUUUUUCUGCGGAUUUAGCGCCCAGACUGUUUUCGAUCCUAUGUAUAUAUCGGUAUAUAAUCUUUUCUACACGUCGUUACCCGUCCUCGCCGUCGGCAUAUUCGAUCAAGAUGUCAACGACAAAAACUCGAUUCUCUACCCGAAACUCUACAAACCAGGACAUUGGAAUCUAUUCUUUAACAAAAAAGAAUUUUUUCGGAGUGCUAUCCAGGGUUGUUUUGUUUCAAUUGUAUUAUUUUUCAUCCCUUUCGGUACCUACUAUGAUGCUGUGAGUCCGAACGGUCAAGGCCUCUCCGACUACAUGCUGUUUUGCAGUGUUGCAGCCGCCAUACUUGUUAUAGUCAACACGGCCCAAAUCGCCUUGGACACAUUCUAUUGGACGGUUUUCAACCACAUCAUGAUCUGGGGUUCCCUCGCAUUCUAUUUCAUCGCCGAUUAUUUCUACAACUACGUUAUCGGCGGCCCUUAUGUCGGUUCUCUGACCAAGGCAAUGUCAGAAGUGAAGUUUUGGUUCACGACCGUGCUUUGCGUGACGAUUUCUAUAAUGCCGGUGUUGGCGUGGCGGUUCUAUUUCGUAGAUGUGGCGCCGACUUUGUCCGAUAGAGUGCGUUUGAAGCAGAGAUUGGCUCAAGUCAGGUCUAGGCACAGUCAGGAUGUGCUUAGAACGCCGUCUGCCAGACGGGCGAGGAGGUCGAUUCGGUCUGGAUACGCAUUCGCGCAUCAAGAAGGCUUUGGUAGAUUAAUUACGUCGGGUAAAAUUAUGAAAAAAAUACCCAAUGCUGAUUUUAAUAUACCUAAUAUAAUUGGGAAGUUGAAUAUGAAUUCGGGGGGGAGUGGGAAUACAGUUAGUGUGAGUAAACCACCAUCGCAGUCGCAGGAGAGUAAUAGUAGUCUGAGGGCCCCCAUACAGGAUCUCGAUACGAUAAAUCUAUGAUAGGGAGAGGCCCCAAGUGGGUCACAAAUGUUCUGUUAGAUGAUUUUUAGCACACGUUACGUUUUUACAAAGGAAAGGUAUGAAAUGUUGGUUUUUAUUAUGGGACAUUUGCGCCUACGUUAAGUAUUUUGCUAUGUGAUUUUUCACUUAAUAGUAUUUGUACAGUAUCAAGAAAUUGUUUUAUGUUAUUAGACUUUUAAACACUUGGAUUUGGGGAGUUGGAGGAAAUUCACCACAAUUGUUAUCAUGGUGCCAAAUAAUUGUUAGCUGGGGGUCACUCUUAUCUAAAUCCAGGUGUGGAUGUUAUGCUUCUACUAGUCAAAAGUAUGUUUAAUGUUAAUUAAGAGAAAUUUUCUUUAUUACCGAGUUAUACAAAAAUAUAUCUGCUUUUGUUUUUUAUUAUAAAAAUAAAUUUAUUUUUUCUGUA